AUGGGGGAGCUGAAGGGCAUGGCAGCAGCAACGACAGGCACGCACCCUUCUCCUUCUCCUUCUCCUUCCUCUACACUCACUUGCCCUGCUUCACUCUCCCCGCGCCGCAGCUUUGGGGACCAGGAGCUCCGCCUGCUCGACGCCGCGCUUUCCGCCGGCGCCGACGUCCCCGCGCUGCUCCACGCUCGCUCCUCCGCCCGCAUUCUGCUGAACGAGAGCGCUUCCCAGGCAUUCUCCGUUCCCGACGUGGGUACCACUAGGCUCUCCAUCGCCGACUUCUUCGCGCGCGCCUUCGCCCUCGCCGGGGAUGUCGAGAGCUGCCUCGCUAUGAGAUAUGAAGCUCUGCUUCUAAGAGAAGCCACAUACUCCCAUGACCUUCAUCUGCAAGUAUCCAAUCAAGAAUGGGUAACUUUUGCCAAGGACUGUCUCGAUAAUGGUUUUUACACCAUUGCUUCCAAGGCUUUUGCAAAUGCUCUUGUGCAUAUUGAUCCAAGCCGCCCAAGAUACUUGGACUCAACCAAUUCUAUUGUGAACAAUGGCAAGAUCAAUGGUAUAAGUGGGCUCCAAAACUUCACCAAGUCAUUAUCUGCGCCGCAUUCUGUUCAGACACAAUCAGCUGAAUACAUGAAAAGGAAAGCUUCAGAGUUUAAUGAAAAGAGCAAUUUACACUUGGGAAAAAUAAAGGUCCCAGGAAGUUCGAUGUUUAAGCUAGGUAUCAAAACCAGGAACAUACAGAAACUACAUCAUAGCCGGAAGAGGAAUCUGGAAGAGUCCUGAAGCAAUCUUGGUGUGGCGUCUUCCAUAGACUGAUAAGAGUGGAAUGUACUUUCAUACAAUCUGAUGAUGCAAUAAAAGGUGAGAAUUUUCGUGCACUGGGAAUACUGAUGCUGAUAUCGUGGAUGGGUAUUUGGGAUCCUGAAACAAUGAGCAUGUCAGUUGCUUCUUCUGCUGCUGUUUCCCUGGGAAAGUAAGCUGCUCUUUCCAUACUCUGAAUGUUGUGAUGUACAGAGCAAUAUGCUAUGUUAAUCUUGCUAUGUUUUACACCUCUGCAUUAGGAUCAUAGGGAUUAAAAUCCAGUGUUGACUGCUUGAAGUAUUUUUAUUUUCUUUUGAGAUGAUCUAUUGAAUAACUUCUUGAUGUUCAUUUCUGGAAAUGUUUAUUAUACACAGCACGAAAUGAUAUCAUAAGACAUGGAAUUAGCUAUGUUCAUUGAAGAAACGAUACAUUUAUAUUUUAUAAUGGAAUAGCAACGAUAUCUAUUGGAAGCACAUGAAAAUCUAGAAGGUAGGUAUUGAGAGGUAAUCAUCUGUACGUUGGAAUGCCAUGCACUUGAAAGGCACCUGACAUGUGACAGUGUCGUAGACGGAUACACCCAAAUCUUUCAGACUGGAUCCUGAUCCAGAGCACAUGAGAAUGUGUGACUUGAUCUUAACUAUAGUUCACACAACAUGAAGCUAAUAUUGAUUAGUGGUCCAGAAUCCAGAUGGCAGUAUCUUGGAUCGUAGUAUGCUAGUAUAUCCGAUUGUGAGCGUCUCCAUGGGAACAAUUCGUUGUGUUGAAGAAACAAAAUGUCUGUUCCAUGUGCAGUACCCUAGAAAAUAGGAAUUGAGUUAAAUGCAAAAUACUCUAGUGGCGUUUAGGACAAGAUGUAAGCGAAAGGCUAGUCUGUCAUGUGGGUGAUCACUCAGUUAGUCUAAUGAUCUAACCAAGCACAUGCAUGUAAGGGGUUUUUAUUUUGACUGAAAUAAAGCUGAAGAGUUGGCGUGCAACAGGUUUUACUUUCCCGGACUUGGGUGCGUGGUAAAACACAUUAAUUGUCAGCGACUUAUUUGGCUGUCGGCACCGCCUGAAAAGUGUUGAGGGCCAUAACCCGUCCUUUAGGGUUUUUGACAACAAUGCCAUGUGGACGCACGCAUAGCAAUAUCGGCCCUGAGAAAACUGAUCCACGUACCCUAUUUCAACAACAUUUUGCCGCAAACGAAGGCAGGAUUGCAUGCUCUACUACACCAACUCUCACACAAGCCAGGGAAAAUAAACGCACGAGAGGUAGGAUUUUGUCUUUGUGUUGACAGGUCCAACAAUAGUAUUAUUGUUUCCUAGCAUAUAUUGCUCUAGCUAGCACCAAUUUGUUCUAUAUAUCAUCUACACUGGAAACAUAAUCUGUGCAAAAUUACAAUAUAAGGGGGGCGUAAUGGACUCUGCAUCUAUCAUAAAUUCAUAAUUAAGCAGGGGGGGGGG